GAAUGAACGCAACGGCAGGGAAGGGACUAGUUCUCAUACUGUAGAUCGCAAAUCGCUCGAACUCCAUUGACUGUUGACUGUUGUGAUCUCUACAUUUUACAAUACUACAUUACUAAAAACAUAAUUCCAAAAUGAAUUCCUUAUUAUUCGGUGUUGUUUUUGUCGCCUUCACAGUAUCAACUGGAAAUGGCCUGGAAUGCUAUUCCUGUGAUUCCAGUAAAUCCAGUUUGUGCAACUAUGGGAUAGCUUCAAUCGUAAUGCCAACUAUUGAUUGCGAUAAACAAAUGGGGGAUUCCAACCCUCUGACCUCCUGGAUUCCGAAGCAGUGCGUAAAACUCACAGCCAAAGAUGCCGAUGGAAAAGAAUUUGUGGCAAGAGGAUGCAUCCCUUACUCAGGAGGAGCUUGCGACCUCGUAAUGAAAACUUUGGGUUUCUUCAGCGGAUUAAGUGGUGGAGUCAGAGAUCUGGAUUGUUACCCAUGCAGUGGUGAUAAAUGCAAUUCUUCCAUCACUGUCCAACCAAGUGUUGCAGCAACCAUCAUCUUGAGUCUUCUAUUCUUCUUCCUGAAACUUUAAACAUCGAACGAAUAACAAACCAUUUUUAUCUGGCUGAUAUUUUGAUACUUAUUUUUAGGAUCUAUGUUUUUUUUAUUGUUAGACCGAUGUGAUCUGUUUUUUUAAUAACAUUAUGUCGAUAUUAAGUUUUUUAUUGUGUGUUGUUGAUUUGAAAGAAAAAUUGAUAUGAAAAAAUAAGGAUCGCUCUAUGGAUAAACCAAAUAACUUUUUCAUGUGAAAAAGAAUGUAUUGAUGUUGAAUAUAUGCUUUUCGAUUUAUAGUAUGUUAGGAAAGGUAGUGAUAUAUAUCAAGUAGGUUUUGUAUAAUAUUUAAAUACAUGGCUGGACCAUGCCAUUAACUUCGGCAAAGGCCGUACUAAGGGGGGGUCAGAGGGGUUGAAACCCCCCCAUCCGAAAUUUUCCGUAUAUGAGUAUGACCGGUUCCUUCCACCAUACAGUAUUCGGUACCCCCAAGACACCCUGCUUUUUCAGGGGGUAUGGCCUUGAACCUCGAUAGCUUAUACAAUGAGGCUAAAACUGUGGAACAGUAAAAAAAUAAUAUCAUUUUCACCCGAAUACCUACAAAGAUCUACAUAUGAUAAUCUUGAAAAUACGCACCCUGAUUAUUGUCUUUGAUUCAAGUCUGAAUCACUUAUUACCUAUAUCUUAUUCUGCAUACAUUGAAUGCUUUAUUGUAAAUAUGUAAUGAUCUGCUCCAUUAGAAAUUUAUCUUGAUUUUGAUAUCUAAUAUUUUGUGUCAAUAUACAGAAUAUAUUUUUCUUUAUUUUUGUAAAAAUAUCUGACUAUAAUAAAGGGAUAUUCACUCAUA